AUGACUACAUUGGCUCAUAAAAAACCUAGACGCAAGAAUAUUCAACAUAGUGAUCCCGGAAAAAUUUUGGAUUUAGUGAUGAGCUUGACUGAUGAUACAUGUAGCGAAAUACAGAUAAAAAUCAAUACGUAUUUAACCGAAGAAUGUGAAGCGGAAUUAGUAGUGCCAGUGAUAGUACAUCGCGAACGUAAGGAAGCGUUUAUAGAAGUUGUUGGAAUUGCAGCUUUACAGCGAAAGAUGAAAAUUCACUUAUCUUCAAAGCUUAUAGAUACGUUAAAAACUAAUGUGGAACAAACGGAUCUUCUGUCUAACUUUGGGGAAGAUUUCCAAAGUAUUCUUAUUCCCGUAGCAUCGUUAGAUACCUUGCUAAAAAUUGCAAUGGAUCAAGCAAAACAAUUGACAAAGGCCGAACAAUGUAUCGUGUGGCUAGUUGAUGUCGAUAACAUGCAGCUGUACGAGUCCUGCUCCACCUAUAAGGAUGAAUCCUCAGGCCGCCGAUUUCCACUGGGCAUGGGGAUCGCAGGCGAGGUGAUCAAGACUGGGGGGUUGAUCAACACUCGAGUUCCACAGGAACAUCCCGCUUAUAAUCCCGCAAUUGAUGGAAUACCAAAUCUUGAGUGCAGUGUCAAAUUCCAGCGUAUAGCGCGUACGGUGGGACGUUUUCCGAGUACGCCUCAAAGAGCCAUCAUACCACCACAGAUGGGGUCCAGUAGGGCUCAUCGGAGCCGCGAAAGGGGCUCUGGCUUGCAAAAUAUCCUGUGUUUUCCAAUACGAGAACAGACGGGAAUCAUUGGUGUGGGCCAACUGAUAAACAAGAUAACGGACCCUUAUUUUGACGGCAUGGACGAGGAGAUGGCACUGGCUUUCAGCAUCUACUGCGGUGUCUGCAUCUUGCACUCCGUGGUCUACCAGAAGAUUCAGGAAGCUCACAUUAGGAACGCUCUCGCUAACGAACUUAUUAUGUACCACAUGAAGGUAACAGAUGCCGAAGUGUCCCGUAUGCUGGCCUGCACGGGUUUCCACCAGCAUCCUCACGUGACCACUCUCCACUUCAAUCCUCGCGCACUACCACUGCGGGAACUGCCCUGCUAUGCCGCCAAGAUGUUUGCAGACCUUGGAUAUGAUGAAAAGUUCAACAUCAAACCGCCGAAGAUAUCCCGAUUUAUUCUUUACGUGAAGAAGGGUUACCGUGACGUGCCCUAUCACAGCUGGACUCAUGCCUUCAACGUGGGACAGUGGGCAUUUGCUGCACUCAUGAACUAUAAGCUCGUCGCACAUGGAUACUUCACUGACCUGCAAGCCCUAAUGUAUUUGGUAGCGGCCUUCAUGCAUGAUAUAGACCAUCGCGGCACCACCAAUAGCUUCCAGAUUCACGGAGAAACGACGUUAGCAGCUCUUUACUCCAGUGAGGGUAGCGUUAUGGAGCGCCACCAUCUGGCACAGGCUAUGUGCAUACUCAAUACUGAGGGAUGUGACAUUCUGGAGUCUCUGCCACGAAGAGAUUACGACAGAGCCAUCAUGAUGCUUCGAGACAAUAUUCUAGCUACCGAUCUAGCUAAUUACUUCAAGAACUUUGACGAGUAUAAAAUAGUAUCGAUGGACUAUCAAAAGAGCAACCGAACACAUUUUGCUGCUUUACAAGCCUUGCUGAUGAAUGCGGCCGACCUCGGAGAUCAGCUCAAAGACUGGGGUUGUGUGAAGAAAACUGCUGCGGCGGUUUUAACGGAGUUCUUCAAGCAAGGCGAGUUGGAGAAGAUGCGAGGGGAUUCGCCAACCAGUGCUAUGGACAGUGACAAGUGCUUCAUACCGGAGUUGGAGAUACAGUUCCUGCAGACCAUCUGCCUGCCGCUAUAUGAUUUGAUCGGCAAGAUAAUACCUAAAGCAGCGGUUUGUACUAAAAUUAUCGAAAACCAUAUGGAACGAUGGGAAGCGUCGAAACCUGUGUUCGCAGAGGUGCCUCUCACAGCUGGUCUCUCAGUUCUGCUGAGCCCUGAACUGGACACUCUCAUAGAGAUAAACCUCAAAGAAGCUGGCAAAGGCGACCUCAUGGAAUCUGAAACUAUACCAGACACUAACACUACAAUUACUUAA